ACGACGCGUUGUCUAGGUAACGAGAGAUGACGCCUCUUCUUUGCGCUGAAAGUAUUAGCUAACAUGUCCCUGCUAUUAUACUUUUGAAGAAAACGAAAACAAAAAACCGAUAAGAGUUUGAUGCUAGGCAUGGCAGUGUACUUUGACCACCGAAUUGAGGCACCAGAGUCCAGCGGAGACCCAUGUCAGAUUGCCUGGCACCCCACACAGCCCGUAUUAGCCGUAUCCUCACUAAGCUCGGCCACAGGGGGGUCCGUUGAUCUAUACCUACAGCAGGGGGAAUGCGUGCCCAGCGGUCAUGUGGAACGCGCAUUCCCGGCCACGCUGCUGUGCUGGCACCCCAGCAAGGCAGUACUGGCUGUGGGCUGGGAAACAGGGGAGGUCCUGCUGCACAGUCACCCCUCAGGAGAGCAAAGCAGUUUGCCGGCCACACACACAGCUAGCAUCACGCUCCUGGAGUGGGCCGGCACCGGGAGUCGUCUGCUCACUGGAGAUCGGAUGGGUGUCUUGGCCCUGUGGAAGGUCGACACCCGUGGGCGGGUCCAGGGGUCUCCUCUGGUGAAACACAGCUAUGGCAGACACCUGACAGGCUGUGUUUUCCGGCCCAUUGCCCCAGAGGAAGAUGUGGCACAGCUGGCCCGCGCCGCAGUCAGUGGAGAUGAGACUGCCCUAGACAUGUUCAACUGGAGGAAGGGUGGGAAGUCCUCUGCAGCCACACAGCAGGAACCUCUGACAUUCUUUGUCAGUACUGAUGAUGGCUGUGUUCACUGUGGAGAUGAGAAGGGCAGGGCCAGCCUUUUGCUCAGUGUGGAAAGUCCCGUGCAGAAGCUGCUGUACCUCGACAGGCGGGGUGUUCUGGUUGUCAUCACUGAGACUCUUCUGCUCUAUCAGUACAGGGUGGGAUCAGAAGGGGGUGCCCAGGAGAUCAUGAAGGUAAAGCUGACGGGGAGAAGUGGACAGGGCGCAGACAUCGCCUGGGCCAGUCAGGGUCUCCUCAUCACAGCCACAGGGGAACCUGUGAUCAGACUUUGGGACCUUGAGAGAGAUGAUAACUGCGUGCUGUCCCUAGACGAAAAUCUGGGCUUUGAAAAGGGAGAAUCAUUGAACUGUGUAUCAUAUAGUGUUGCAAAAGAUAUAGUGGCAGCUGGAACCAGCAAGGCUCGCAUUGCUAUGUGGAAGAACGUGGCUUUGGCCAAUCAGAAUCAGAGGCCAGAGUCUGUAUGCGAGUGGAAACUACAGACUCCAACAGAAGUUGAAGGAAAUGUCACCCAGCUGCAGUGGGGCUCUAGCCUGAACCUUCUGGCGGCUCAGAGCUCAAGCACCGUGCUCAUCCUCUCUGAGCAUGUCAUGUCCACACACUGCAGCCAGCAGGUGGCAGCAGUGCAGCUCUCACCCAAUCAGCUGAGUGUCUCUUGCUUCAGCAGUGGGAGCCAGCUCAGUCUGCGCUGUGACACACACAUUAAAGGUGUCUGUGUCUCCAAGGAGAUGGUCGCUGUGUGGGACGGGAGGCGAGUCGCUGUGUAUGAGCUGUCGGGCUCUGCUCUUUGUAGCACAGGCUCCUUUCCCUGUGAAUCUCAUGCCCUGGCCAUGCACCGUGGCAGCAUUUACACUGUGGAGCCAAAGCGAGUUCAAGUUCGGACAGUGCAGGGCACAGUGAAACAGCUACUGGCGUUUUCGGAGAUGGAGGGAAACCCUGUCCUCCUCAGUGUGUGUCAGUGCUUCCUGGUGGUGGGCACAGACGCCGCACACUUCAAGCUCUUCGACUUGUCCCGCAGGGAGGCUAAGCCAGGGUGUGCUGCCAAGAAUAUGAGGGCCUUGAUUCCAGACCUGGGGGCCAUUCAGUCAGUGAAGUGCAAUGCGGAUGGAAGCCGAGUCAGCCUUCUGAUCAGCCAGGUGAACGGGAGGCCUGACCACAGAGUCUACCUGUAUGACGUGGAGAUGGACGCUGUGUCUCAUUUCGACUUCUUCAUGGGAUGCCCACUGAGUCGGGCUCUGCAUACAGAGGACACAGAGAAGAACAAGUACCAGGUCACAGAGCUGAGUGGCCGCUGCCCUGUCUCCCAGUACUGGGAUGAAAGCGAUCCGCGCCUCUUUGUAUGUGACACAGUGCUAAAGGCAGCCAGCUCGCACAACUCGACGCCCUCCUGUGUCCUUGAGGAGGCAGAUGUGCUGGUCGCCUCAUUCUUCUGCACGCAGGACCAAGGCUUGCUGCUGCAUGACUGUUACCCCCGACCAGCUGGGACAGAGGCCUUGCUGGCACUGGACGUGCCCUUUUAUUACUUUACCUGCAAGCCUGGAGAAGAGACAGCAGAGGGUGAGACUCCAUCUGGACAGCGCAUGGUUUCCAGAAGAGCACUGAGAGACUUUGUUGGACUGGAGGACUGUGACAAGCCCACGCAAGAUGCCAUGCUUAACUUCAGCUUCUAUUUGACCACUGGGGACAUGGACGAAGCUUUCAAGUGUAUCAGACUCAUUAAAAGUGCUACGGUUUGGGAGAACUUGGCACGCAUGUGCGUGAAAAGCCAGCGGCUGGACGUGGCUCGUGUUUGCCUGGGUAACAUGGGUCAUGCCAGGGCAGCACGAGCACUAAGAGAGGCCCAAGCUCUGCCAGAGAAGGAGGCACAGGUGGCCGUCUUGGCCACACAUCUGGGAAUGCUGGAGGAUGCGGAGCGCCUGUACCGUAGCUGCCGGCGCUACGACCUGCUGAACAACUUCUACCAGGCAGGGGGGCAGUGGCAGCAGGCUCUGGAAACAGCAGAAACCCAUGAUCGCGUGCAUCUGCGUACCACGUACUACAGCUACGCCAAGCAUCUGGAAGCUAUGGGAGACCGUGCUCUGGCCCGUGUAUACUAUGAGAAGUCUGACACCUACCGGUUUGAGGUUCCCAGGAUGCUGCUUGAGGACGUUGUGUCGCUAGAAAUCUACGUCAACAAAAUGAAGGAAAAGAGCCUUUAUAAGUGGUGGGCCCAGUAUCUGGAGAGUCAGUCGGACUUGGAGUCAGCUCUCCGCUACUAUGAGUUUGCCCAGGACUACCUGUCCCUGGUUCGGGUCUGCUGCUACCUGGGGAACGUGCAGAAGGCUGCAGAGAUCGCAAAUGAGACGGGGAACCGCGCGGCUUCCUAUCACCUCGCCCGGCAGUACGAGAGCCAGGAGGACAUCAAGCAGUCUGUGCACUUCUACACCAGAGCCCAGGCCUACAACAAUGCCAUCCGCCUGUGCAAGGAGAACGGCCUGGACGACCAGCUGAUGAACCUGGCUUUGCUGAGUAACCCUGAGGACAUGAUGGAGGCGGCCUGCUACUAUGAGGACAAGGGUGUCCACAUGGACCGGGCUGUCAUGCUUUUUCACAAGGCAGGGCACUUCUCGAAGGCGCUGGAGCUGGCCUUUGCCACCCAGCAGUUCGGAGCGCUGCAGCUGAUCGCCGAGGACCUGAACGAGAACUCGGACCCGACCCUGCUGGCGCGCUGCUCCGAUUUCUUCAUAAAGCACUCCCAGUACCAGAAGGCCGUGGAGCUGUUGGUGGCGGCCAAGAAGUACCCUGAGGCUUUGCAGCUGUGUCUGGACCAGAACCUGACCAUCAGUGAGGAGUUUGCAGAGAGCAUGACCGUAUCACAGGGCUCCAAUGGACUGACAGAAGAGGCACGGCGGGAUCUUCUGGAAAGAAUUGCGGAUUGCUGCAUGCGGCAGGGCAACUACCACUUGGCCACCAAGAAGUACACCCAGGCCGGUAACAAGCUCAAGGCCAUGAAAGCACUUCUGAAGUCUGGAGACACAGAGAAGAUUAUGUUCUUCGCUGGCGUCUCCAGGCAGAAGGAGAUCUACAUCAUGGCUGCCAACUAUCUGCAGUCUCUGGACUGGCGCAAGGAGCCUGAGAUCAUGAAGAAUAUCAUCUGCUUCUACACCAAAGGAAGGGCUCUUGACCUGCUCUCCGGCUUCUAUGAGGCCUGUGCCCAGGUAGAGAUCGAUGAUUAUCAGAACUAUGAGAAGUCCCUGGGUGCACUAACAGAGGCCUACAAGUGCCUGGCCAAGGCUAAGAUGCAUAGCCCAGAGGAACAACAGAGUCGGCUAGCCGCGACACAACACAGGAUCACUUUGGUGAAACGCUUUGUCCAGGCGCGCAGGCUGUACGAGGAGGACCCAGGAGAAGCUGUGAGGCUCUGCCAGGCCUUGCUGGAGGAGGAGGAGCUGGACCCUGCCGUGCGUGUCGGUGAUGUUUAUGGCUUCCUGGUGGAACAUCUCUGUCAGCAGGGCAACUUCCAGGAUGCUUACCACAUGAUGGAGGAGAUGGAGAGACGUCUGCCCAAUUCCAAUGUGGCGUUCUAUGUGAGCCAGCGCAGCCUGGAUGCCCUGCGGCGGUCAGUGGGGCUGCCCCUCACCAGGGACCAAAGACGAGACAGUGGGGGUGAGGAAGAUGAGGUGGAGGAAGCUGUGGAGCUUCAGCAGGGAGACUGAGCCCAAGGCAGGGAGAAGCAUCAUGUGACCCCUGUACCACGCACCCCAGAGGCAGGGGGUGGGCAAUAGCAGGGCUGAUGACAAGGGUAUCCUUGUAAACCAACCUCAGAAUAUCUUAUUGUGCCAAGAGUCUAGAAUCGUUGCCUUAUGAGGAAAAGGUAAUAUUGGAAUAUUACCAUUUCUGAAACAUGUCCCCAUUUCAUUGACUAAUGGUUUGUGACUUAUGUUCUGCAUAGUAUCUCAGGGAUGUCCUGCCAGUGUAUGUUUACCCACCUUGACCAAAAAGUCACUGGCAACUGAGAGGAACAAAUGAAUCCGUUUUACUUUUUUAUAGAAGGGAAUAUAAAAGUUCGUAAUAGAUGUUUAUACGUGUAUGUCCAUCACAUUUGUAAUUGCUUUAGUAGUUUCUAAGUUGUAAAUAAUCCCAACUGUAACCAGACAUUUCAGUAAAAAGAUAUAAGUUUUA